CCUGCAAUCCGACUGGCUGGAAGGGAAAGUUAUUCUUUUCAGGUGCACGCCUGUAUAAAAACCUCUGGAGCGUGCAUCCACCCACAGGAAACUUCCCAUGCCCUCUAUCACAUCAGCUCUCUUGCCAUGAUCUCUGCACAGCAGCCACCAUUUCCCAGCAAAAUUCAAAGAACAAUGGACUGCCAAUCUGAGGAAGAAGAAACAUGUGAAGAGCAGUAUGACUCUGAAAACUGUACUUGCAGCUCUGAGGAUGCAGAAUCUGAAAGAGGCUCACCAGUAACUCUUAAAAUACUGCAGAACUGGGUUCCUAGAGUUUCACACUACUUUGAUAAGGAGCACUAUACAUACGUUGGCCACCAGAUUGUCAUUCAGGAGUCCAUAGAACACUUUGGAGCUGUGGUAUGGCCAGGGGCACUGGCUUUAUCUCAGUAUCUGGAAGCAAAUCAAGAACAAUUCAACCUCAAAGACAAAAAAGUUUUGGAAAUUGGUGCUGGAACAGGCUUGCUUUCCAUUGUGGCCUGUAUCUUAGGGGCUCAUGUUACAGCUACUGAUUUGCCAGAAGUUCUUGAAAAUCUCUCAUAUAAUAUUUCAAGAAAUACACAGAACUUGAAUAUGCACAAACCUGAAGUGAGAAAACUGGUGUGGGGAGAAGGCCUCAAUGAAGACUUUCCUGUAUCAACUUACCAUUAUGAUUUCAUACUGGCAACUGAUGUUGUGUACCAUCAUGGAGCUCUGGACCCCCUGCUAGCAACAAUGGUGUACUUUUGUAAGCCAGGAACAGUAUUACUAUGGGCAAAUAAAUUCAGAUUCAGUACAGACUACGAAUUUUUGGAAAAAGUUUGCAAUAUAUUUAACACAACCAUUCUAGCAGAAUUUCCAGAAUCAAAUGUCAAGCUACUUAAAGCAACAGUAAGAAAGAAUUAA